AGUGAUCCAACACGGAAGCGAUAGUGUUUUGCUACAGACACGUGCAAAGGUGGUGCAGAGUUGUCGUUCCCGUCCAUGUCCAACAUGGCGACAGCCUCUUGUAAUGUCGACGAGCUCCUCGCCCAGGCAGAGCGCGACGAAGCGGAGAAGCUUCGCAGCAUCGCCGUGGACAAGGAGCUGGAACUGGAAUUCGACCUGGGUAAUCUGUUAGCCUGCGACAAGAACCGCCUGGAGACUCGCGACUUUACCGGGGAGGAGAAGCACGACUUUCUACGCUCCCUGGCCCGCGAUAACACGCAGCUUCUCAUCAACGAGCUGUGGAAGCUCCCCACGGAAAGGAUCCAGGAGGCCGUGGUGGCCAAGCUACCCGAGCCGACCACCCCCUUACCUCGGGAGAAGCCCCCGCCCAGGCCCCGGCCUCCGACCAAGUGGGAGCAGUUUGCCAAGCUGAAGGGCAUCCAAAAGAAGAAGAAGACUAACCUGGUGUGGGACGAGACUGCCAAAGAGUGGCGGCGGCGGUGGGGAUACAAGCGGGCUAAAGAUAACACCAACGAGUGGCUCAUCGAGGUGCCGCAGACCGCCGACCCCAAUGAGGACCAGUUCGUCAAGCGGAUCACUGCCAAAAAGGAGCGUGUGGCCAAGAACGAGCUGAACCGGCUGCGGAACAUCGCCCGGGCGCAGAAGCUCAAGGUCCCCGGCAUGGGCCUGACUCCCGUGUCCCGUCAGUCCAAAGAUGACCUGGUUCGAGCGGCUAGCGUGGCGCGGACCUCCACCGCUUCCGUAGGGAAGUUCCAGGAGAGGCUCCCAAAGGAGAAACCAGCCAAGGGCACUGGCAAGAGGCGCAAGUUCCAGCCUGUCAUAGGUGACUUCUCCGCGGAGAAGGACAAGCAACUGGAGCUCCUCAAAAUGAUGGAGAGCAAGAGGCCCAAGCUGAACGUCACCAAAGCGGUCAACAAGCAAAUGAGGGAGGACGACCGAGAGGAGGCGGCAGCCAGGAACAGCAAGAGGGGCAAGCAGGCCGGAAGGAAGGGACGCAGGGAUAACGCGGCGCCCGGCAAGGGGAAAGGAAAAAUGGGGGCUCGCGGGAAAAAGGCGGGGGGGAAACCUCAGCGAGGAAAACCUUCAGGAGGGAAGAAAUCCAAGCCAGGGAAGCGGUGACUGAAGAACUGCAAGAACUUGUAAAUUAUCACAACGAAAAAAAAAAA